AGCCAAAACAAACAAAAUUAAAAAUAUCAGUUUUCUUUUUCUUUUUUUUUUUAUGUAAAUAAAAUUGUAACGGAUUUCAAGGAGCGAAAUUACUCACACGGUUUCCAUCUACCUCUCUCUCCUCCUUGGAUUGGAAUUCAUAGCCAGUUGAAACAUGAAAGGGACGAAUAGCCAUUCCUUUUGCCCUGUUUUUGCUCUGUCUCUCUUUAUCUUUCUUGCCUUUCUAUUUCUCUAAUUUACAAUUUACAUGGCCUCUUUUUUUUAUUCUCAAUGCGCUUCUCUCGGAUCUCUAAAUGCUUCCAUUCCAUCCUCCUCAUCUCUUCUCAUCUCAUCUCAUCUAAUCUAAUCUAAUCCCUCUCUCUUUCGUCUCUCGCUUCCCGCUCGGCAUCGAGAGCUUUCUCUCCUCGCUCUCGAUCCGAAAACACACACACACACAUCCUCCAUCAACAUAUUAAUCAUCAAUUAAUACAAAAAAAAAAAAGAAUAAUAAUAAGAAGAAUAUCAAAUAUCAAAUCUAUGUAGAGCAUAUUCCCUUGGUGUUGUGUGCUUAAUGCACAAUUCUCCAUCAUUAUAUCUUUUUUGGUUUUUCCAAAAAUAAUAAUUAUAUAAAUAUAUACAUCAUCAUAAUAAUAAGUUAAUACAGAAAUGGAAAAUAUAACGGCGCAGUUGAAGCGGGGAAUCUCGCGGCAGUUCUCGACGGGGUCGCUGCGCCGGAAUCUGAGCAGGCAGUUCACGCGGCAGUCGUCGCUGGACCCGCGGCGUCACAACCUCAGGUUCAGCUUCGGCAGGCAGUCUUCGCUCGAUCCCAUUCGCCGGAGCCCCUCCGAUGAUGCCGACCUCACCGUCCCUGAGAACCUUGACUCCACCAUGCAGCUUCUCUUCAUGGCCUGCCGAGGAGAUACUCUUGGCGUCCAGGAUUUGCUCGAUGAUGGUACCGAUGUUAAUAGCAUCGAUUUGGAUGGUCGCACUGCUCUCCAUAUCGCUGCCUGUGAAGGCCACGUUGACGUCGUCAAGCUCUUGCUCAGCCGCAAGGCCAAUAUUGAUGCUCGUGAUCGCUGGGGCAGUACGGCAGCUGCUGAUGCUAAGUACUAUGGACAUACAGAAGUUUACAACAUUUUGAAGGCUCGUGGAGCUAAAGCUCCGAAAACCAGGAAGACGCCAAUGGCAGUUGCAAAUCCUCGAGAAGUUCCAGAGUAUGAGCUUAAUCCGCUAGAGCUUCACAUAAGGAAGAGUGAUGGUAUUGCAAAGGGAACAUAUCAAGUGGCUAAAUGGAAUGGUACAAAGGUUGCUGUAAAGAUACUAGAUAAGGACAGCUACUCGGACUCUGAAAGCAUAAACGCAUUCAAACAUGAGUUAACCUUGUUAGAAAAGGUCCGCCAUCCUAAUGUUGUUCAGUUUGUUGGAGCUGUGACACAAAAUAUGCCUAUGAUGAUUGUUUCAGAAUAUCAUCCAAAAGGUGACUUGCGAAGCUAUCUUCAGAAGAAGGGACGGCUAUCUCCAUCUAAAGCCCUUAGAUUUGCUCUUGACAUUGCCAGGGGCAUGAAUUAUCUUCAUGAAUGUAAACCAGACCCAAUUAUUCACUGUGACUUAAAGCCAAAAAAUAUUUUGCUGGAUAGUGGAGGUCAAUUAAAGGUAGCCGGGUUUGGUGUAAUAAGGUUGUCAAAAAUUUCACCUGACAAAGCAAAACUAGCGCAGGGUGGUGGUAACAUUGACCCUUCAAAUAUAUAUGUGGCACCUGAGAUUUAUAGAGGUGAAAUAUUUGACAGAAGUGUGGAUGCGUAUUCUUUUGGUCUCAUUUUAUAUGAGAUGAUUGAGGGCGCACUGCUAUCCCAACCCAAGCCUCCAGAAGAGACUUUGAGAAUGUUGUGCAUAGACGGACAAAGACCACCAUUCAAGAGCAAAUCAAAAAGUUAUCCUCCAGAUGUAAAAGAGUUGAUUGAGGAAUGUUGGGAUCCUGAGCCUGUAGUUAGGCCAACUUUUUCAGAGGUCAUUGUACGGUUGGACAAGAUAGUUUCAAAUUGCUCAAAGCAGGGAUGGUGGAAAGACACUUUUAAGCUUCCUUGGAAAUAGGAGGCAUUGAGUUUCGACGAAGGGAGAAGAACUAAACGAUGGAAGAAUGGUGUUGGGGGCAUAUGCCAUGUAUGGACAAAACUGAAAGAUUAAUGUUAUAAUUAUCCAUCCAUCCCCUCUCGAUUAAAUGUUUGUUUGUUCGUUUGUUGGCCAGGGGGGGACUGCAAACAGUUCCUCUCAUUCAUGUCUUUCUUUGUACAAAUGUUGUCAAAUGACCUUUAUCGUUGCAUCAUUUCUUCUCCUACCCUACACACGUAUAACAUGGUCAUAUGAACCCCAUCGUUACACUUAAAAAUGAACCAACUCCCUUGCGGUGUCUGAACCAACAACGUUUGUUUAAUUGGAUUGCUUGUGUUGGACCUCUCUUCUCUAAUCUAUUGAUUUUGGAGGUUUUUCUUUUUA